AUGUCAAAAGUGUAUCUCAAAGAACAAGAAUACGGAAAAGAGAAUGUCCGCUUAGCGAAGGUUAUUCGAAAAGAAAAAUGGCAUGAAAUCAUAGAGCUCACUGUUCGCGUACUUUUGGACGGUGAAUUCGAAUCUUCUUAUACGAAGGCAGAUAAUUCUAUGAUUAUCGCUACUGAUUCAAUGAAAAACACUAUUUAUAUUCUUGCAAAACAAUCAUCUUGUGUUGAAGAUAUUGAAAUUUUUGCUUCUGAGAUUGGUCAACAUUUUAUUACCACAUAUUCACAUGUACAUAAAGCUACUAUUUCAAUUACCAAACAUAAGUGGACCAGAAUGUUAAUUGACGGCAAACUUCAUGACCAUUCUUUCCUUAGAGAUGGUGAAGAUGUUCAUGAUACCAAGGUCGUCGUUUCAAGAAAAGGAAUUACCAUUGAAUCUGGAUUGAAAAAUCUGUUAGUACUAAAAACUACCGGAUCCGCAUUUCAUGGAUUCUUGAGGGACAAAUUUACAACUCUCCAAGAGACAGAUGAUCGCAUUCUUUCAACUAGUAUUGACGCAACCUGGAAUUUUAAUACCAUAAGCACAGAUUCAAUUGCAAAAAUUCCCUUUAAUGAUAUCUUUGAGUCAAUUAAACAGAUUACUUUACACACAUUUGCCACGGAUAACAGUGCAUCCGUACAAGCUACUUUGUUUCUCAUGGCUAAAAAUGGAUUGGAAAAACAUUCGGAAAUUGAGUCCAUUAGAUAUGAAUUGCCAAAUAAACAUUAUUUUACAUAUGAUCUUGAAAGGUUCGGAUUAAAGAAUACCGGCAAAGAUUCUGAUAUCUUCGUGCCUGUCAGUGAUCCAGCAGGGCUGAUAACCGCGACAGUUGCAAGAGUGAAAGAAUGA